GGGCAGUGAGUGAGUACGUUUCACAGGAUCUAGGCCUAGUAGUAUUGCCGCUGGGACUCUCCUCAUCCGCUUUCAAAAAAUUGGAAAUUAGCACAUUUAAACGCCAAAAUGAGCCGAUUGAGAGUCAUGUUCGCGGUGGCCGACACCGGAAUGGGAGGAACCAUGCCAGCAUGAGUGGGCCUUACCCAGGCCCUGGCAGGGAGACUCAUCAGUCCAGCUGCCCUUUGACCCCCGGCCGUGACCUCUCCGCCCUCUCCUGUGCCUCCAGACACCAUGACCACGGGACAGGGUUAACCAUGUCGUCUGCCGCCUCCUCCCUCAAGCAUGCAUCCGUCUAUGGGUUCACACAAAGGGACCACUCCUCCUCUUCUUCUUCCUACAGUCCUCUCAGAAGGCUCCAACAUCUCACCACCAUGGUGAGCCAGCCCGACCUGGUCCUGCCGGUGAGGGAGCCAGAGAGGAGCUGGGAGUGGGGGAUGAAUAAGAACGAGAGGAGGAAGGGGAUGGAGAGGGACUCCUGGGCUGAUUGCACUGGAAGUGAUUAUUCUGGCACCCAGAACACAAGCAGGGAGGAGAGCUUUGGGGGCUCUUCUGCUGGACAAAAACAAGCCGUGGUCCAAACUAGAAGACGAGAAGUGCCAUCAGCCAAUCGCAGCAACCCGAUCGUCUCAGAGAAAAAGACAGAAGGUUGUUUCUCAGGCCCGCCCAGCCCAGCCUUCUCCCUCGAUAGCAACAGCCCCUUCGCUAACGGCUUCCUCCACUUUGAGUCCUCUCUGUUUGAGGACGAGGACAACGAUGGAGAGCGGGAGGCGGUGUCCUCUCUGGGAGGAGGCUUGCAGGACAAACAUGAGAGGGCGGGAAAUGUUCUACAGUCCUCUCCUGGACACUUGAACUCUGACUCCAACCCUGCAACCCUGUCAUCAGCCAAGGUUGUCACCCGGUCCCAGUCCUCAGGUCAGCGCAGGAGAUACUGGGACGGCUCGGAUGACGAGUGGGAGAGUGACACCGAGCUGUUUCUACUUGGGGAUAGUCCCUCAAGGCAUUCAAUGCAGAACAGCCUCAAGAAAAAGUCUUUGCCGCUUCUGAAGUUUUUAGAGGGUGACGUUAUUUGGGCAAAGUUCAACCGAAGACCAUGGUGGCCCUGUGAGGUGACCGUUGACCCCGCACAGGGAAUCUAUCACAGAGUGAAAGAGCCCAGUGACCGGCCCUGUCGGCUCUACCAUGUCAGGACCUUUGGGGAGCCCAUGGAGCUAACCUGGGUGGAGGAAAAAGCAACUCACAGUUUCCAUGGAGGCUUUCAAUUUGAACAGCUCCCCCUACUGCGCCGGAGGGGGAAGCAAAGGGAGCAGAGCUACAAAUACACUAUUGCAAAGCGUUUUCAGGACUCUUGGAAAUCCAGUGUGGCAGAAGCUGAAUCAAUUCUCCAAGAGAGACUCAAAAUGGCUUCCUCCAUUACUUCGUGCAUAGAUGAUGCCUUCCACGUCAGUUCUACACCGGAGAGAGAGAGCAAGGCCCAUCCAAACUUUCCUCCCUCUACUUCACCUACCCUUCCUGAGACGUCGCACAUGAUCAAUGGAUCCAUUUCAUCCCCGAGUACAACUCCGGCAAAGCCAAGCACUUUAAAGAAAUCUUGUGGCAAGAAGAAACCAAGUAAAUCAAAGGACGUGAGUGGUAAACACUCUAAAAAGACGUUGUGUAAUAGCCCUGACCAAUCAGAUAGAAACAAUGGAGAGUGCCCAUAUUCUGACCUCGACUCAGUCCCUAAGAUUCUGUGUCCUAAAGCACUUGAACGUCAGUCGAAGCUAGUUCCAAGUCAGCCAUCUAUUACAGUUGUCAAAGAGGUGAAGAAGCAGCCAGAAGUUCAGACUGGUCUUUGGUUCAGUAAAGCAGGCAAAGACAGGCGACCAAAAACAACCAAUCCAAUGCCAGACCGCACUCUCUUUAGUAAGGUGCCCUGUAAGAAAAAGAACUCAUCAGUUGUAAGUAAAAAGACACUAGUUCCUAGUGCCUCCUCCUCCUCCAGUGGUGGAGCCAGUGACCAAUCAGGGUUGUCAGACAAGUAUAAGACUCUGGUACCUGCUGAAACAAAUCUUUCACCUGAACAUUCAGGACAUUUGAAGUCUAAAAACACCCCAGUUGCUAGUAGGCCUUUUAGUACAUCUUGCAGUCCCACUGACCUGCCGGGAUUAUCAGAAAAGCAGAGCUGGCUGGUCUCAGUUGAGACUCCUGUGCCCUUUGACAAGUGUGGAUAUUCAAAGGGUAGACGGACAGUCAGUGAUACAAAUGACACUGUUACUGACUCCUCAUCUCACCAGUUAGGUAGUUCAGAUGUUAAAAAACCGUUAGAUACCGUCAGUUUCAAUGACAAAUCAAAGUUUAGCGUAAAGAAAGACAGUCAAACUCUUUCAGACACGGUGGAAAGAAAGAAAAAUGUCCAUGUAACUGACAGGAUUCCUGACCAAGCAGAAGUAAAAGAAGGUAAGAAUCCAACAUCCAGUUUAAAAGUUGACCCUACUGACCCAUUAGCAAGGCUAGAAAAGCAAUCAACUCUCGUCUCCAAGUGUAGGCUGCCCUUCGUCAAAUUAAUUCGAAAGGACAUAAAAGGUAAAAGGUUCCUCAACUCCGGUGUUACAGUUGUUCCAAAUGACCAAGCUGGAGGUACAAAGAAUGAUACUAAUGUGACUAAAACGUCCUCUAAGCAAUCAGAUGGGCUGGACGGCAAGGCAAGUGUCUCCAUAAAUCGGGCAGUGAGUUCACAAUCCAUAAAAGUCUCAGUUAAGAAGCUAAAAGCAAGUGGUGGGGCUGGUGUUCUUCAUCUCUCGUCAGAAUCAUCACAAGGUAAAACAAACGUUGCCUCAGACGUGGCAAGUGAGUCUGAUGAGUUAGGGAAGCCAGAGACAGAAAGAGUACCAGUUUUAAAUGUAAGCCCAAGCAAUGUGACUCACUCUAACAAAUCAAAAGAGUCAGAAGGUAAGAAGACUCCUGCAUCCAAUGCAACAGACACGUCCUCUGACCACUUAGGCAGCUCAGAGCAAAAAGUCACAUCUGCAACUAGUAGAGCUUUAAAUGAAACUCCUUUGCCUUCUCACCACCAUGGGAAUUUAGUAUGUAGGAAAGCGCAUGCGCCCAAAGGCCUGUCUGUUGCAAAAUCCAAGAAAAUUGUCCACAAAUCAAAGCAGGUUCCAGAUGAAGUCAGUGAAGUCCUACUUCAUGAGCCACCUGCCCACCUCCCAGCCAGCAGCCGGCUGAUGACCAGAGCCCUGAAGGCCAUGCAGGAGGCCGAGCAGAAGAAGCUUGAAAAAACCCGAAAGGAGGCAGAGCAGAAAGAACUCUUAAAUCCGCGUAGGAAAGCUGAGGACCUUGUGUACAACUCUGUGCGCAAGUCCAAACUGGACCUUUGUACUAAAAUGAAAUCUCAAAAGUCUCAUUUUAAUAACAAUGGUGAUUGUGAUCAGGACACUUUUUCGAGCAGUAGCACCUCCCCUUUGACAUCUUCUGAUUCAGUUGACUUUGAAGUUGAUGUCAAGAGCGAAGAUGAAGACCUCUCCAUAUCCUCAACUCCGCCAAUGGACUUCAUCCCCCUUACUUCUAAGGUAAAGGCAAAGAAUGAAGAUCAUUCCUCUGACUUAAAUUCCUCAUCCUCGCCUUCCUCGCCAUUUUCUUUUAUGAAUGCCUUUAAAAACGUAGAGGAGAUAUCCUUCCAGUCCCUGACAAGUGAAGGUGGAGGUAAAGCCACCUCUUUCAAACCAGACACAAACUACAAGUUCAGCACUUUUCUUAUGAUGUUGAAGGACUUGCAUGACACUAGAGAGCGAGAGGGCACGCCUUUAGAACUGGAAAUUGGCCCACCAAGUGCACAUGUUAAGGAGGAACCCUUAGUGAUGCCUGGGGAGGAGACACCCACUGGCCAAGGUCAACAUAUUGAGCAUGUUAAUAACAAAUCAAACUCAAGUCGAGAGAAAAUUGAAAUCAAAACCAACGAGGAGAGCACAAGUCAGACGUCCAAGAGGCCCUAUAACAGAAGGGGUGGCUCCACUGGGGUGAAAAAGAAAGCAAACCACAGAGUGCCUUGUCGUCCUGCUAGGUCUGGACCUGGUUUCCCAGGACUGGAACCCUCGCCAGCAAUGGAGUCUUCAUCAGGAAUGGAUUGCUCAUCAAGAGUCCAAUCCCUGUUGGAAAUACAGAGCAGCAGCUGGGGGAAGCAGGAUGGAGGCGUUGAAGGAGUAGCUAGGGAGGAGGAGGACAGUUGGAGCAGGGUAAACAAGAGUCUACAUAACCUGAUGCCUUUGGAGCAGAAGGGCUGUGACACUACGCUGGGUCUGGAUCAGCCCAAUGGCCGCGUUGCAGAGCGCACUGAGACUAAACCAAGCUUGAUGCACAGGGCUGGAGAAGGUGACAGGGCUCCAAAAGCACAUAAACGAAUAAGAAAACCAAGCAAGAGGCUGAUUGAAUGGACUGAAGAGUAUGAUCAGAUUUUCUCCACCAGGAAGAAAACAAAAAAGCCUCUCCAGUCAAUUGGAAAGGCCACUCAGCCCGUUACCUCCAUGUCCGAAGCCCCGGGAUUGGACGACAGUGAACACGACCAGCCAUCCUUGGACUUGCUUCCUGAAAUACAGACACCACCUCCUGAGGAUAUUGCUGCAACAACACCCCCUGAACUACAGAUUCCCAGUGCUGAAAACACAUCCCCCCAAGAUGCACCGGUGCUCUCCAUUGACACACUAACCCCUCCUCCUGAAGCUGACCCCUCGCUGUCAGAAGGCCUCGUCAAAGACAACAGAAUCGUUCCUGUGCUGGAGAAGAAGCGGAAGAGGAAACCCACUCAGAAGAUCCUGGAGUACUGUCUGGAGGCAGAGGCCUCAACAGGUCCCAAGAAGAAGGUCAAAACACUGAAGAAUAAUUCAAAUCCUGCUCCUCAAUCAGAUUCUGGACCGCCAUCUUUAAAAUCAAAGAGUAAGCAGUUGACAGCCUCCAGCUCCACGCCGACACCCACAGAAGCUCCCGCCUGUUCGCCCACAGACCCCCCUCCCAGCUCCCCCGCUCCGUCCACACCGGGGCCGGCCCCGCCCGAGCCCGCCCAGGUGGAGAUGCCGUCAGCAGAUGUUGAUGCGCCUCAAACAGAAGAGCUAAAGGACACAGUAGAGCCAGAGGAGGACCCAUCCACCUUGGAUCACAGCUUCUCCUCCAUGAAGGAGGACAUUUUGCUGUGUGACGACGCACUUUUACCCUCGAGGAAGAUCAUAGGGGACCGAGGAGGUCCUGCCUCCAUGAAGGAGAACAUAUGUCAAGUGUGUGAGAAGACGGGGGAGCUGCUGCUGUGUGAGGGUCAGUGCUGUGGAGCCUUCCACCUAGCUUGCAUCUCUCUGGCCGAGGCCCCGAGGGGGAAAUUUGUGUGUCCGGAGUGCAAAUCAGGUAUCCACACCUGCUUUGUAUGUAAAAAGCGCAGCGAGGAUGUGCGUCGCUGCAUGAUUCCCGUGUGUGGGAAGUUCUACCACGGCGAGUGUAUCGCCAGCUUCGCCCCGACUGCUCCUGUGAACCGAGGCUUCCGCUGCUCCAUCCACGUCUGUCUCACCUGCUUCAUCACCAACCCCAACAGCUCGUCCAUCUCUAAAGGUCGUCUGGUGAGGUGUGUGCGCUGUCCUGUAGCCUACCAUGCUACAGACCUCUGCAUGGCAGCAGGCAGCGUCGUGCUCUCCAACAAUAGCAUCAUCUGUCCCAACCACUUCACCCCCCGCCGCGGCGUGAAGAACCACGAACAUGUCAACGUCAGCUGGUGCUUCGUCUGCACUGAAGGGGGCAGUCUGCUGUGCUGUGAGUCCUGCCCUGCUGCGUUCCACCGCGAAUGUCUUAACAUGGAGAUGCCUAAAGGCAGCUGGUACUGCAACGACUGCAAGGCUGGAAAGAAACCUCGCUACAAGGACAUCCUCUGGGUGAAGGUUGGCCGCUACAGGUGGUGGCCUGCAGAGGUCAGCCAUCCCAAAACCAUCCCAGAGAACAUCCAGCGAAUGAGACACGAUGUCGGGGAGUUUCCCGUCCACUUCUUCGGCUCCAAUGACUACCUGUGGACUUACCAGGCCAGGGUCUUCCCUUAUAUGGACGUGGACGCUAACAGCAAAGAGAAGAUGGGGAAAGGUGUUGAUGCCACCUACAAGAAAGCUCUGGAGGAGGCGGCUGUGCGGUUUCGUGAGCUGCAGGCGGAGAAGGAGCUUCGGCAGCUGCAGGAGGACAGGAAGAACGACAGGAAGCCUCCUCCAUACAAACAUAUCAAGGUGAAUCGACCAAUAGGAAAGGUUCAGAUCUUCACAGCCGACCUGUCAGAGAUUCCACGCUGUAACUGUAAGGCGACAGAUGAGAGUCCGUGUGGGAUGGACUCAGAGUGCAUCAAUCGCAUGCUGCUGUAUGAAUGUCACCCGCAGGUUUGCCCGGCAGGUGAUCGAUGUCUCAACCAGGCGUUCACCAAGCGUCAGUACAGCCAGGUGGAGAUCUUCAGGACGCUGUCUCGAGGCUGGGGGCUCCGCUGUGUCCACGACAUCAAGAAGGGGCAGUUUGUGAGUGAGUAUGUCGGGGAGGUGAUCGACGAGGAGGAGUGCAGGUCCAGGAUCAGACACGCCCAGGAGAACGACAUCUGUAACUUCUACAUGCUGACUUUGGACAAGGAUCGAAUUAUCGACGCCGGGCCAAAGGGGAACGAGGCCCGCUUUAUGAACCACUGCUGCCAACCCAACUGUGAGACUCAGAAGUGGACAGUCAGCGGAGACACCCGGGUGGGACUGUUCGCUCUCGUUGACGUCGCUGCAGGCACAGAGCUCACCUUCAACUACAACCUGGAGUGUUUGGGGAACGGGAAGACGGUCUGUAAAUGUGGAGCACCAAACUGCAGCGGCUUCCUCGGCGUCAGGCCAAAGAACAACCCUCCAUCUGAAGACAAAGGCCGUAAAAUGAAGAGGAGGGGUCACGGCAGGAGGAAGAAGAAGGUGGUGGUGACCAAAGAACGAGAGGACGAGUGUUUCAGCUGCGGAGACGGAGGACAGAUGGUUUCCUGCAAGAGACCCGGCUGCCCCAAAGUUUACCACGCCGACUGCCUCAACCUCACCAAGAGGCCUGCAGGUCGCUGGGAGUGUCCGUGGCACCAGUGUGACAUCUGUAAUAAGGACGCGGCGUCUUUCUGUGAGAUGUGUCCCAGCUCCUACUGCAACCAGCACCGCGACGGCCUGCUCUUCAUCUCUAAACUCGAUGGCAAACUGUGCUGCAGCGAACAUGACCCCUGUGGGCCCGACCCGCUGGAGCCCGGGGAGAUCCGCGAGUACGCGCCCGACCCCAGGUCCCUGACCUCGGGGCUGGGCAUGGCCGUCAUCCCCUCUGCUGCUUCUAACACCGCCACCGGUCAGAAACCCUCCUCCAGGAAGGUCCAGGAGGUCCGCACCAGCACCGGCACCAGUGCCGGCACAGGUGCUUCCUCCUCGCCUCCUCCUUUUUCCAUCCCGGUACCCAUCACUAUUCCCGUGGCGGCGCCCUCCUCGUCGCCUCCCUGCAGCUCCGACCCUCCCAGCAGCCCUCCCGUGUACGACGUCCCGCACUACUCACCCAUCUCGUCAUAUGAGGAGGAGAGGGAUGUUGAGGAGGAAGAGGAGGACCUUCUGGAGGAAGUGGAGGAGGAGUCAGAGGAAGAAGGUGAGGUGGGGAGGCAGAAAUCAGAUGUUCAUGAAGAGGAGGGAGAGGAGAUGCAAUACCUGGAGAUCAAGGAGGACGAGGAGGAGGAGGAAGAGGAGGAGCAGGAAGAGGACGAGGAGGAUGACGAGGAGGAGGAGGAGGAGGAGGAAGAAGAAGAGGAGGAGGAGGAGGAGGAGUGAUGCACAGUGAAUUAUUAUCACAUCUUCACUAAAGUGGGGAGGCUAAUGAGGAUUAGCCAAUCACAAGUAGCCCAGUCUGUCGCUGUUUGUAUCCAACGAGCAGGUGGAUGUACUGAAGAACUUUUAGGACAAAACUAAAUCAAAACCAAAAUAAAUUGUCCAUAAAUCAAAUCAAUAAACAUCAUAAAUACUGUAUAGAACCACAUAUAUAUAUAUAUAAAUAUAUAUAAACACACACAAAUAUUAUUUAUUUCGUAUUUGUUUAGUUUUGUCCUGAUAAUGGCUUCUUGACACAGUGACUUUGCACACACUGGCGCUGACUGCACCUUCACAUGGGAGAUCUGACAAAGACAAUUAUCUGGAACUUCUACAUACAGUGGAACUUUGUGAACAUAUUUCACUCCGAUAUACUUGUUUUCUCACUGAUUUUCACCUGCUGGUUUGUUUUGGUAUUUGUUCUCAGUAGUAUUGCAGCAAGUUGUCCUUCAAACAGUUUGUAUGUAGUUGGAGACAUGGUGUCUGCAGAGCUGGUGUGUACUUGCUGUAGGUGUUUCGCGCUAGAAAAAACUGCACUGUAACUUUGUGUCGACACAGGGUGACCUGCACAAGUUAACUCAACUUGGUUGCAUUUGAAUCAAUUGGUGGCCACCAAACAGAAUGUAUCUGUAAACUAGAAGAGCGCUUAGUGAACACCAACACCAGGCCCAGUCUACCAAAGUUCAUAGAAGUGAAAAAUGAUUUCUGCCCCCCCAUGAAUUGGAUCUGCCUUUGCUACAUGAUGAUGUCAUUAUCAAGGGAAGGUUGGGGGGUUGUCUUAUUGCCUACUGCUAUAAAGGUCCUAUGAUUUCUACCUGAUCCAAUUGUGACGAUGUGUUCAAAAUCAAAAUUAGUGGAGGUAAUGUACCGGACCGUCGUGGUGAAGAAGGAGCUGAGCCUGAAGGCAAAGCUCUCGAUUUACCGAUCCAUCCAUGUUCCAGCCCUCACCUAUGGUCUUGAGCUUUGGGUAGUGACCGAAAGAACAAGAUCGCGGAUACAAGCGGCUGAAAUGAGUUUCCUCUGUAGGGUGUCUGGGCUCAGCCUUAGGCCACGUUUAUACAUAGCAGAGUAUUUAGAGAAACUAAUAUCCCCCCCCCCCGUUUUCAAAAAAAACAUUGUGCACACAACCUCUUUUUCUCAUGCCAUUCCUCCGGGAGGACAACUUCUUUCUCGAAGUUUGUCCACCAGACCGCAGUUCGCCCAGGUCGGAUCCAAAAUCGGCGGCGGCGACUUUGGCAGGCAAUGUACAUACGUGUUGUAUGGGAAAGCUGCAGUAAAAAUGCUGACCUACGUGCACUCCUUCGCCUCUGCUCCUCAAUAUAGUAUAGCAGUUGUAUUUUCAAUUUCAAACAGACCAAAAGCGUUUGCACAAACAUAAAAAUGAGUAGCACCUUAACAGCAUCCAUGGUAGCCAAACAACCUGUAAACAUAGGGCGCUCACAUGACGUGAAGCAUUUUCUGCCGCGUAGAAUGAGCGUGACGACCUAAAACCCCGUUUGUUUCUCCCAGUUGACACGACAUCACAUAACCACAGUUUUCCAAAUUCUCCACUUUGCCCGGAGUUUGUAAAAAUAAUUGUUUUCUGUGAUAAAAACAGGGUUUUUGUGUAAAUAAGGGGCCAAACCGCAUGGACAUAUCUGCGUUUUCCCUUUGUGGUAACGGGGCCUUAGAGAUAGGGUGAGGAGCUCAGACAUCCGGAGGGAGCUCGGAGUAGAGCCGCUGCUCCUUCUCCUCUAAAGGAGCCAGUUGAGGUGGUUUGGGUAUCUGGUAAGGAUCCUCCCGGGCGCCUCCCGUUAGGUGUUCCGGGCACGUCCAACUGGUAGGAGGUCCCGGGGAAGACCCAGAACACGGUGGAGGGAUUACAUCUCUCUCCUGGCCUGGGAACGCCUCGGGAUCCCCCAGGAGGAGCUGGAUGUUGUGGCUGGGGAGAGGGGCGCUUGGAAUGCCCUGCUUAGCCUGCUGCCCACACGACCCGGCCCCGGAUAAGCGGAGGAAAAUGGAUGGAUGGAUGAAUGGGUAAUAAACCAGUAAACUGUUCAAAUGAAACGCAACCAGCUCCAACAGUACUAAAUUUUUCUCUUACUAGACACAGGAGUUUUUGCUUUCUUUUUCCAGUUCUUCUUAACAUCUCUGAUCAUCUGAUGGUGCUUCUAGAUCAGACUAUCUACGAUAAAAUGUGAAAGUGCCAUAUGACCGGCAGUGUAGCCUCAACAUGAGCUCACAUGACAACAAGAUGCAGCUUAUUUUGGAGCAAGUAUUGGGGGAUUUUUUUCUCUAAGUUUCGACCAUUUCAUGCGGAAAAAAAAACAGAUCUGUACGAGACUAAAGUGGCGAGGGAUUCAGUGUUGGACUGAGAAAUUGUUUAUACCUUCACAUGUCUUGCUGUCUUAUUGGACAACUCCUGAAGCUCAUAUCCUCCACUGAAGAAGAGACAGUACAAAGUUUGCUCUGGUGUGUAUGCUGUGCUCUGUAGUCAUUAUAUUAAUACUUCUCUGUGACGCACAAAUGAUGAUGAGGAGGAGAGUUGGAGGGUGUUUUUUCUCCGUUCGCUCCUCACAUUUGACUCUCCGCCAAGGAAAAAACAAAAAGUCUUCGAUUGGACGCUUGAAACGAUAGACUCCUGCCAUGACGCUUGCACUUCAGUAUGUGUUUUUGCCACAUGUGUUUUCGCUCUGUCUUCAAGCUUAAUAUUGUCCGUGUGUUAUCUGCCAAUGCCUUAGAGUGUAUUUCUUUGGAGAUAUUUUUAAGGAAUGGUUUGGCGCCUGUGAGAGCCAAGUGUCCCUACUAAUGCCUUUUUACAGUUGCCCAACAAGCAGUGUUUCAUUCCAGUGUAAUUAUGACCUGUUAGAUCUCAACCAUUGACCUGUUAAAACAACUGCUAUAUAUAAAUAUAUAAGAAAAAAGUUAUGAAAUAAGCUUUGUACCGGCCUCAUUCUUUGUUCAUCUAUUGGUCCAACUUAAAGCUAAAAAGAAAAUGAAGAUCUGUGAGAAUCUUUUAAAUUAAAAGUCAGACGAGGACAACAUGAAGAAUAUUGUAUAUUUUUUUUGUAUUGUUUCUACUGUGAUGUCAAAAAGCCAAAGACUGUAUAAAAGAAGUGGACAUGGCCACCGUUACAUCACCCGUUGGUUUGUGGACUACGGUUUUUAAACCUCAAGUUUGUCAUUUUGGCCAGCACCUUCUUGGUUAAUAAUUAAAUUCCAUCUGUACUUCAAAAUGAA